GUCAAACAUAACCGGAGCAGUGAAUAUAAAAAAAAAUAUAUUUAUUCCGCUAUUAAAUGUUUCCACGUUGUUAUAGCAACAUAACAAAAAUUUAUUGCGAACAGAAAACACAAAAGGAAAAACAGCUUAAACAUGCCAAAAGUAUUAUUCCAAAAAUACAAGAAGUUUUCGGGCACUAUAGACCCGAACAAACAUGCUGCCAAACUAAAAGAAAUCGAAGAACGGCGAACGAAAGAGCUGGAAAUGUCAUAUGGAUUUGAAGAAGAGAUGGAGGAAGAGGAAAGUGAAUUUGAAUAUGUGGAAAGCGAAUUAAGUUUAUCAGAAGGGGACCCAGCGAUUCAAAUUGGAAGAAUUGAUCUAUCAUUUCCCGAGACAACUGAAGAAUUCCAGGAUAGUCCCAAAUGCUUUCCUCCAUCAUACUACACUUUAUCUUCAAAAGAGCGCCUCUUGUUGCUCUAUGCCGAAAAUUUCCGCAAGCAGUUUGUUCUGAGUCAUCCCCGGCGACGUGCAAUGGUACUGGCAUUGCCUAACGAAUGUAAAGUACAGAAGUUCGUAUGCACCACAAUAAGGCCGACUGCUUUUGCUUAUCCAGAGCUAAUUUCAAGUGUUGAAGAAAUUGCUAAAUUUGUGGCCGAUUUUGUUCAAUAUGAGCCAAUGGAGGAUCAAACAAAUUUGCCGACUCGCUUAAUAUCUCCGGAAACCUUGCUUCGAAAACGGCGUGGAAAUUCAUACGAAAUGGCAACAUUGCUGGCUAGUAUGCUUAUUGGAGCUGGCCAUCCCGCUAUGGUUGUGUCUGGAGUAGCACGACAAGAGACGGUGCUUAAUGAUCAACACAAUGUGCCUUACCCGUAUCCAAUUAUUAAACAAGAGUCCGUUGAACAGGAACAGGUGAAGGAUGAACAGAGUGUUAAGUACAAAUUGCGUGCCUUGCCGGAUUUGGAGAGUCAUCUAGAGGAAGAAAUGGCCGAGGUGCACAAGCGUAGAGCCGAAGAGCAGAGUCGGUUGGAAGAGGACCUUUUGCGAAAGCAAAUGGCGAAUCUAGAACUUUUAGCUGUCGACCGUUAUCACUAUCGUCGGUCUCACGCGUGGGUUGUGAUUAUAAAUAACGCACCUUGGAGUGUAAAGCCCCGAAUUACAUAUACGGAUGUGAAUGGAGAUGUCGUAGAAGCCCCUCCCUCCGGAGUAUUCAUAGAGCCCUCAACGGGAUUUAUAUGUGAAGCAGGCUGUAAGCAAUACAUUUUAGUUGACACUGUCUGGAACCAGUAUAAUUACUACGUUAAUAAGCAAAAUUACCAGCGCGUCUGUGAUUUGCGUUGGGACUUACGCGAUAUUAAUGAUUGGGAACACAUGCUACCAGGCGAGCCACCUGAAAUGCGCACUUACAAAGCUUCAUCAGAUGAGAACAUAACAGAUGGCGAUACUGAUGUAAAUGAUGAAAAGCAUUUAGAUGCUAUUUGUAACUGGGUAAGCAGGCUUCACAUCGGCUUCGCGGACUACGAACAACGUUUUCCAGGCUCUGGAAAAAUAGUUCAAUACAAGGGAGCUUUACACGAACGCUUUUCUCCAUAUUCGCAACGCGACGGCAAGGUAAUGCAAUUGACUUUGUAUAAUGAUAAUAUAUGCACCGAUCCAAGAGUCCGCUACGAAUAUUAUAAGAACCGGUUUGACCUAAUGGAAGAGUUGAAGUAUACCUAUGAAACCGACCACUUCGAGGAGCUGUUUACUAAAGGUCGAAAUGAUAGUCUAAAAUCAAUCGAGUAUUUUUCGGAUACUUCACUACCCAGAAGAUUAAGUUUCUGUUCGAGCUCCAGAUUAGACUCAUUGGAUUCAAUCGAUUUGAACCCAGGAUUGAUAAUAUUACAUUAUAAGGACCAAGCUGACAGGUGCUGGUACAGGGAGUUUCAAUUUAAGCCAAAUGGUGGCGUUCUCAAAAAAGUCGUAGAAAAGUUUCAUCGCUCUGACGAAGAUGAUAUAGGAACAAGUGACAUUGCCAGCCGAACAUUCUUGUUUCAUCAAAACAAAAUAAUACUAAAAUUUCACUACACAUUUGGAGCACUAACUGCCACCACAGUUGAAUUCACGAAACCGCCGAAACCAGAUUAUGGCAAAGAAUUGAUUUACGACGAGAAGCUAACCAAAAUAUAUAGGGCGAAUCCCUUAGAUCCGAUACGUACUAAUCUAGAGCUAUAUAAAUUAUUGCUGGAACAACUUCAGUCAGAGGAUCGCAUAAGGAAACAGUUUGAAAAAAUCCAGGAUGAUAUCAGCAAUAUUUUUGAUCAACGCAGAAUGGAAAAGAUGGAACCUAAACUAAAGUUCGGUUUAUUUGACCCACUUCGCAAUGGAGCUGCACGUGCAAUUAGAAUGCAACAGUUUAAAGAAGAACUAGAGCAGAAGCGCGAAAUUGCCAGUAAGCCAGCAGACUUUUUAGCUCCAUAUUUGGUUCCAUACAAACUUCAGGAGGAACUGACUCAAGAUCAAUCCGUGGGUGCCUACCAUGCUUGCUUAAAUGAUUUGAAAACUCGAUUUGUUACUCUUCUCAAUAAUUUACAACGACAAUAUGAAGACUUGACCAGCGAGGCGAAGUCUUUAAAUCGUUUCUUAAACAAGUUCGAGAAUCAAUUUGACAACUUUGAUUAUAAUCGGCUUGUACAGCAGGCUAAAGACUUAGAACUCAGGAAACGUAUGGUGCAGCAGCGGUUAACUCUGACUCAUCAAGAAUCUCAGAAAAAGUAUGAAUGGGUUAAAGCUUCAUUGCAAAAAGACCCUCGAUUAGAUUUAAAAAUGGAAGAAAAGAAAACCUCUGAUGAAUAAAAAUCGUAAAUAAAAAUGAUUAAUGGUAUGGUAAAA